AGUCCCAUCCACCUCGCACGAGGGGUCGAUCGCUUCCUCCAUGGCCUCCCUCCGGCUCGGCUGCCUCCCACCUGUGAUCGUUGUGCUACAGCUCUCGACCCCUCGGCGGGAAGCAGUGUCUCUCAUUUGGCCAAUUGUCGUCAUCGCGCAGGUCUCUGGACCACCGCACAUGAGCAGUGUACUGUGCUUCAUCAGCAGGGUCUGCGACAAACCCGGACCCACGUCCCUCAGCACACCCACACCUGGAAUGGGCUGGUUCUGGACUUCACGAUGACUCAUCCCUACAACAGCAGCGGCAGCCCCGUCGGACUUUCUGCGCUCUCCGGCCCCGCCCAACAGAAGAUUUCGGAUCAUCGCGCAAGUUAUGGCACCCAUCACCCGCCGAAGGCCUUUCUUCCCUUCACUGCAGGUACAGAUGGUCUUCUUCAUGCUGACGCUUUGCGGUUUCUCUGGUACCUUGCGGAUCACCAUGGAGCUACGUUGACAGCGGAGUGGGAUGGAUGCGCUCAGGAGGCGGUGUAUGGGGACCCUGGCUUUCAUCGUUUGCGUGCUCGUCUGUUUCGGCAGUAUCGCUCUCGCAUGGGUCUUGCCGUCAUCCUCGCAAAAGCCUUGCGCUACUGCUGUUUGUCCUGAUCCUUGUUCCCCUGCUUGUCGUGCGUGCCGUCG